AUGACGGCCAACGCUGCAUCCAACGCCGUGGACAUGGCCAUGUCCAACGAGCCCGCUAAGGCUGCUAUGCCUCUCCAUCAACCCCAUGACGCUGAUGUCUUCGAUGCCGACUUGGAAGGCGAGGAGCCUACCGAGGAGGAUCUGAAGACACUCCGUCGUGUAUCAGGAAAGAUUCCGUGGACUGCCUUCACCAUCGCCUUCGUCGAGCUUUGCGAGCGAUUCGGAUACUACGGUUGCCAAGUAUUGUACACCAACUUCAUUCAGAAGGAUCUCCCUAUAAUUGAUGGUGUUGUACAAUCUACUGGUCGCGACCCGCGUCAAACGGGUCAACCAGGUGCACUAGGCAUGGGACAGCGUGCUUCCUUUGGUAUCGGCCAGUUCAACUCUUUUUGGGCUUAUACCACGCCCAUCAUCGGUGCCAUCAUUGCCGACGAGUACCUUGGUCGUUUCAACACAAUCUUCAUCGCCAUCGCCUUCUCCAUCCUAGGUCACAUCCUGCUCAUCAUCUCCGCCAUCCCUCCCGUGCUCACCAGCGGUAAUGCCAUCGGUCCUUUCAUCCUAGGUGUCAUCACCCCCGGUUUCGGUACCGGAGCUUUCAAGGCCAACAUCUCUCCGUUGAUCGCUGAGCAAUAUCGUCAAACCAAGCCGCGUGUUAUCAAGGACCCCAAGACAGGCGAGCGCGUACUCUCCGACCCUAACAUUACGCUCUCUCGUAUCUUCUUGUACUUCUACAUGUUCAUCAACAUCGGUUCCCUCACUGGACAAAUUUCCAUGGUGUACGUCGAGAAGUACGUCGGCUUCUGGUGUGCAUGGCUGCUACCCACCAUUAUGUUCUGCUUCUGUCCCAUCGUUCUUUGGGUCUGCAGAAACAAGUACCACCACACUCCUCCGACCGGUUCCGUCCUCAUCCGUGCAGUCAAAGUCUUGAGGCUCGCUACCAAGGGCAAGUGGUCUAUCAACCCCGUCACCACGCGCAAGAACUUCAAGAGCGAGCGUUUCUGGGAGGACGUCAAGCCCAGCCAUCUCGGUGCCAACAAGCCUGGCUGGAUGCAGUUCGAUGACGCUUGGGUCGACCAGGUUGCUCGUGGUAUGCGUGCAUGCUCUUGCUUUACCUGGAUUCCCCUCUACUGGCUGUCGUACAACCAGAUGAACAACAAUCUCACCUCGCAAGCCGCUACAAUGACACGUAACGGUGUUCCCAACGACCUCAUCACCAACCUCAACCCCAUUUCCCUCGUCAUCUUCAUCCCUAUUGUAGACAACUUCCUCUACCCCGCUCUCCGCAAGGCAAACAUCCGCUUCACUCCCAUCAAGCGUAUCGCAUUCGGUUUCAUCCUCGCGUCCUUCGCCAUGGUAUCUGCUGCUGUUAUCCAGCACUACAUCUACGCCGAGGGCCCAUGCGGCGAGUACAUGAACAGCUGCGACGACCCAGCCCCAAUCAACGUCUGGACCCAAGCCGUCCCUUACGUGCUCGUCGGUUUCUCUGAAAUCUUCACAUCCAUCACUGGACUCGAGUUUGCGUUUACAAAAGCGCCCACGAACAUGCGUUCGCUGGUCACUUCGUACUGGCACUUCAUGUCUGCCUUCUCCAACGCGCUUGGUCAGGCGUUUGUGUCGCUAUCCGAAGAUCCUUUGUUGGUGUGGAACUACACAGCUGUGGCUAUCUUGGCGUUCAUUGGUGGUAUCCUCUUCUGGUUCCAUCAGCGCAAGACGGACAAGCAGGAGGACACCCUCAACAUGCUUCCGGACUCCAACUAUGUGGGCAAGGACCGAAGACACGGUCCUGUGAUUGACGAGGAGGGUGUUGCUGGCCACAAUGUCGAAGCGCAUGUGCGCACUUAG